UCAUGGCUUCAUAGUAAGGGAAAGAUUUAGAAACAUGUAAAAUUUGCUUGUGUGUAGCAAUCUAUUCACUAUACCCAAAACUCAAAGUAUACAGCCAAGAAAGAGUAAAUCAUAUUAUCUUCCUAUCUGAGAAUUACCUCUUUAAGCUAGUGCUAACUGAUAACCCUCUGCUUCUUGAGCUUGUAGGUGAUGUCUCAAUGAAUGUCUCUGAACCAGGUUCCAGCAUUGCUUUUGUAAGAGAAUUUAUACUACAAGGUUUCUCUUGUGAGUUGAAGAUUCAGAUCCUCCUCUUCUCACUCUUCACAACAAUAUAUGCUCUGACCAUAACAGGGAAUGGGGCCAUUGUUUGUGCCCUAUGGUGUGACCAGAGACUCCACACCCCCAUGUACGUGUUCCUGAGGAAUUUCUCCUUUUUGGAAAUGUGGUAUGUCUCUUCUACAGUGCCCAAGAUGUUGAACAACUUUCUCUCAGAAAAAAAAAGAAUCUCCUUCCCUGGAUGUUUUCUCCAAUUUUACUUCUUUUUCUCUUUGGGUACAUCUGAAUGCUUUCUUUUGACUGUCAUGGCCUUUGACAGGUUCCUUGCUAUCUGUCGCCCCUUGCACUAUCCUAAUACCAUGACUCUACAUCUCUGUACUAAACUGGUCAUUAUCUGCUGGGUUUGUGGAUUUGUUUGGUUCCUGAUCCCCAUUGUUCUCAUCUCCCAGCUGCCCUUCUGUGGCCCCAACAUUAUUGAUCAUGUUGUGUGUGACCCAGGGCCACUAUUUGCAUUGGCAUGUGCCUCUGCCCCAAAAACGCAACUGCUUUGCUACACUCUAAGCUCAUUGGUUAUCUUUGGUAACUUCUUCUUUAUUCUUGGGUCUUACACUCUUGUCUUAAUCGCUGUGUUGCGUAUGCCUUCAGCCACUGGGAGACAUAAGGCUUUCUCCACCUGUGGGUCUCAUUUGGCUGUGGUAUCUCUGUUUUAUGGUUCUUUGAUGGUCAUGUAUGUGAGCCCAGGACUCGGACAUUCUGCUGGGAUGCAAAAAGUUGCAACUCUCCUCUAUGCUAUGGUGACCCCACUCUUCAACCCUCUCAUCUACAGCCUCCGUAAUAAAGAGAUAAAGACAGCACUAAGGAAAGUUCUGAGACUCCCAACAUAAUCUAAGACAAAUUAGAUGAUUCCCCCAUGAUCAGAUCAGUACACUCUAACAAGAGGCAAUAAAGUUUAUGUACUAAUCUAUAUUUAUAAAUAUAAAUUUAGUAAUACUAUCUAUGGGGCUCUUAUAAAAUUAAAGUGACCAGAUUAUACAGAUAAGUAGAAGUGUUUGUUUUUUCCCUUGGCAUUUAGACUUAAUGUGUUUUAAUUGAGGAAUAUGCAUAUUGAUGUUUUUCUGUAUAGUUAUCAUAUGAUUCAUCUGUGAUAAAAAAUUUCUUAUUCUAUUUGAUAAUUUAAAUUUAUAAUUCUGGGAUCAAUAAAGAUAUGUCACUUUGUCUAUUUGGCUGUUUUUCAAUAGAAAAAUAAAAGUAUGUGUUUUCUUAUUGUGAUCUUUAAUAUAUUUAGCUUUAUUAUUUUGGUGAUUCCACCAUUCCUGAUAAAUAAGCAUUAGAAGCAGUUUACCAAAAUUUCUACGGGACAAUAUUCUAGCUUAUUAGCAUCCAGACGUAUGUUGUUUUCUUUACACAUAACCUCUUUGUAAGCCCCUAAAGGUUAGAUUCUAAUUCCACAAAGAGUAAUAUCAGUCAAAAUAUCCAGCAAUUCAGUGUCCCAGGUACCAAAUAUUUUUACCUAAAUAAAAUGUAAAAAAAACUUGGUGGGUCAGGUGGUUGAGUUUUAGAUGAUAAAAUAUCUCACCUGAAAAUUGGAGAGUGAAAUUAUAUUCCUGAGACAAAUUAUUACCCUUCAAAAAGAUAAAUAAUCACCCACUGGUAUUUGUUGAUGAAACUGUAAAAACAGCAUUAGGAAAAAUUUUAGAGGCUAAAAGUACCCAGAAUUCAAUCACUGUAAUGCAACUCUUUUUAUUUACAAGUGUAUGUCUAUUUUGUUUAAUGUAGUAUCAAAUCUGUUCUUCUAAGUUAUAGCAAGUUUAUAAUUAGUAUUUUAAUUUUCCAUUGAAUAAAUAGGGUACAGAUUUUUAAUUUUUAUGUGGUGAAAUGAACAUUUUCCCACAAGAAAGACCUUCCUCCCAAGGAGUUAGGAGCUGACUUGUGAAAGAUACGUGAAAAGGAUUUUAUGAGGGGCAUUAAGAAAAAACCAAGAAUGACCUCCUACAUAAUUAACAGUGGCACAAUCAGACAUAAGAUGACUGAACACUCCAAAACCCUCCUUCCAUCCACUAUUAUUCCUUUUGGGAGGCAUUAUAUUAUUUCCAUUUUUUGUUAUAAGAUAAUGUCUCAGUUAAA